AUGGAUCACCGCACCACCAUCGUGCAAAAACCCACCAUCACUGAACCCACCACCGACGAUUUUCUCGAGCAAAUCGUAGGGUUUCCGACGCACGGAGUAGCCGAUAAUAACUUGGUGGGAAAUGAUGCGGCUAGCUUAGUAGGAGCUCCGACUUCGAUGAUGCUCUAUCUCGGCAUGGGUGAUGGUUCAAAAUCAGGCAUGGAGAACACCGCCGCCGCCGAUCUGUACAGAGCCGCACCCAGCCAUUGUCCAUGCUUGAGAGUGUUCGUCGGCGGCGAUCUCCGACGGGCAAUGAACAACCGGUUUCCUUAUAUCGUCUACCGUGUAGAAGAUUUUAUGCUAUUAAAAGCAUGUAAGAGCCGUGCACUCAAACGCCGUCGUUUGCAUACCUACCCAAACUCUCCUGCAGCUCUGCUAAAUUUCCCCUCAUCUUCCAAAGCUCCACAGCAAAUACCAUUAAAAUUUCCCAGGUAUAUAUACCUAUAUACAAUGGGGGUAGGAGGAAGGGAUGUGUCGAUAUCACUGGAAGGUUUGAGGGACAAGAAUUUGAUGCAGUUGAAAAAACUUAACACUGCCCUUUUCCCGGUCCGGUACAAUGAUAAGUACUAUGCCGAUGCUCUCACCUCCGGUGAAUUUACCAAAUUAGCGUAUUACAGUGACAUUUGUGUUGGAUCAAUUGCAUGCCGUCUUGAGAAGAAGGAAGGUGGUGGUAUUCGUGUAUACAUAAUGACAUUAGGUGUCUUGGCACCUUAUCGCGGGUUAGGUAUUGGUACAAAGCUGUUGAGUCAUGUGCUCAAUCUUUGUGCAAAGCAGAAUAUUGGUGAGAUCUACUUGCAUGUGCAGACGAACAACGACGAUGCCAUCAACUUCUACAAGAACUUUGGGUUUGAAAUCACGGAAACCAUUCAGAACUACUAUACAAAUAUUACUCCACCAGAUUGCUUCGUUGUUACCAAAUUCAUUACUCAAACAAAGAAAUGA